AUGCAGGAUCACCAACCCUUGUUGGAUAGCUUUCCCUCUUUCACUAGAAUGAUACAAGUACCAUAUGUGGGGAAUUCUGAAGGUCUUGCAAUCCUAUGGGAUGAUGCAGUCUUUGAGUUGGAUGAUAUAUCCACAAUAGAGCAAGAGAUACAUGCUAUGGUGAAGUUGUUUCAAAUGGAUAUGGUGAUGAAGUUGGGAGCAACAAAUGCAGUGGUGAUUUUCACCAAGAGUAGUUGUUGCAUUUCUCACAGCAUCGAAACCCUAAUUCGUAGUUUUGGAGCAAACCCUACAAUUUACGAGCUCGAUACACAUCCAAAUGGGAAGCAAAUGGAGAAGGCAUUGAUUGAAUUAGGGUGUCAGCCAAGUGUUCCAGCAAUAUUUAUAGGGAAAGAGUUAGUUGGUGGUGCUAAUGAGAUAAUGAGCCUUAAUGUGAGGGGUAAGCUUAAACAAUUGCUCAUUAGGGCAAAUGCCAUUUGGGUAUAG